AUGAAUUGCGACAACGACGACAGAGCGACGACGACGGGCGGGGUCCACCUCUUUCCCGCUUCCACAGGGUCGAAGAAAACCGCCAGGGCAGGGCCGGUCGUCGAAACCCGCGCCGGCGGGGCUUAUCCUGCGCUGGCGGUUUUCCUUAGCAGCCCGGAUGCCAACGACCUGGGUGUGACCUUUACCAUUCAACCGACCGAGGCGUCGUUCGCCUACUUCGAGAUACGAGCUAUCCGAUGUCAUUCUUUCCCAUCUGGUCGUCUCUCCGCCCUUUCUCUCUCGCAGCUAGCAACCACUACCGGGCUCCCGCACCUAGUUCCCCCAAAUUCCACCGCACACCCGACCUCGACUAUACAGUCUCUCGUCCUCUCCAAAUACCACGAGCGGGCAACGUAUGAGGGUGUCGAAGGUCAAGUCGUUGCGAUGGAUGGACUAGGAGAGGUGCUAGCACCUCACAUUGCAUUGCUAAGUGUUGGCAAGGCGCUACGCCUGCACCUGGACUAUCGAUACCGGACCUGCUUGUCGAUAAACUGCCAUGUUCGCUCAACCACUCGCACAGCAGCUCAAUCCUCUACCAAAUCCACCACCCGUCGACUCGUCCAAUCCAUACCUCCCAACUGCAUCAGCAGAGUUCAAGCUUUUCCCCUCGUGAAUCGUGUCCUAAGUGAAUUCCGGGUUUUCGACCAUGUAGCCUGCACAAUUGGUCUGAUUCUUGGUGUCCUCAAUACAACUUGCACUUCGACUCCCUUCGUAUAG